UUUCACAACCUUGCCCAACGCCUCCGUUUGCGAACUGUGAAAAAGAGGUGAAAGUGUAAAACCUAAAUUAACGAGCAACGUCUGGCGAUCGACCCCCGGGGCAAAGUAUGGUUCUAGAUACAUCACACGAGAGGAAUAUGGCCACCGGAUUCCACACCGUCGGCGUGGGGUCGAGUGCAAGGAAAAUGUUGCUCAGUGCCCUCGAGGAAAAACGCCUUGUAGUGGGACUAUCUAGUGCGAUUCGCAGUUUGGCCACGGAACCGAAUAAGUUUUCGUUUUGCUUCUUGGCACCUUCGGAGAAUGAUGAAAGCGGUGGACACUUGCAGGAGGUGCUACUGGAAGCUUUCUGUUUCGAGCACGACAUUUACAUCAUCCGGGUGGACAGUGCGGACAAGCUGAGUCGUCUGGUGCAAUCACCGGUCAUUGCGUCAUGUGCGUUGAUAAGGAAAUUACCUGCCAAAAUGGUUCGUCGUAUGAAUAACGCUUAUCGGCGUUCCGAGAGCAUCUUAGUCGAACACUGCGAAUUGUGCUGGGAAGAACCACAUAAACCCGUCGUCAAACUACCGGAAAAGUGAAU